UCCAAGUGUAUUGUUGGUUGCGUCGAAAAAAUUUUUUUCGAUUUACACAUUAAUAAAUUUUGUUAUAAAGUCUUUACGCAAAGAAAAGUUCUUUAAAUAUUUCUUUGUGUCGAUUCACGUUUUCAAAAAUUUCUUUUUAAAAUUAUUUUGGGUGAAUAGCGAGCACAUAACCUCAAAAAAAACAUAUAAUGAUCAUUGCCAAGUUAUUCAAGAAUAAUAUCGUUCCUUCAACUUUUGCCGUGUCGAAAAUGGCCAAAAGCAAAUUUGAAUACGUGAGAAAUUACGAAAGCGACGAAAACGUGCUGCCCAAUUGUUGGAUAGUAGUCAGAGUCGACGGAAAAUCGUUUCACAAGUUCUCGGAAAAACACAGUUUCGAAAAACCUAACGACGCGCGAGCUUUGGGUCUCAUGAACAAAGCAGCUUCGGUCGUCAUGGAAGAAUACAAGGAUGUGUUACUGGCAUACGGGCAAAGUGACGAGUACUCGUUCGUCGUUCGCAAAGACACAACUCUUUAUAACCGCAGAAGAUCGAAAAUUAUGACCUAUAUUAAUAGUUUAUUUACGUCGUCUUACGUUUUUUUUUGGAAAGAUUACUUCAAAGACGUGAAGUUAAAAUAUCCCCCUUCAUUUGAUUCGAGGAUUGUGCUGUAUCCAUCGGACGACAACCUACGAGAUUACCUUAGCUGGAGACAGGCGGAUUGCCACAUAAACAACCUAUACAAUACGACUUUCUGGGCUUUAGUGAUUAAGGGGGGUCUAACAAACACCGAAGCAGAUCAGAGACUGUGCGGUACUUUGUCCAGUGAUAAAAAUGAAAUAUUGUUUAGUGAAUUCCAUACAAAUUAUAAUAAUGAGCCAGUCUUAUAUAAGAAGGGUACUAUUUUGUUAAGAAAACGGGUCAAACACCCAGGCAGCGACAGGUGCAAGAUCGUAAUUGUGCCUCUACAUGAGGAUCUAAUACAGGACGAAUUUUGGAACCGCAAUCCAGAGCUGUUGGGUAUACAGACUUGCGGAUUUUACCAGUUUGAAAAGCACAGUGACAUUCCGGAUUUAGUUUUAAGGCAACUGCGAGCUGGGAAAGAUAUCAUAAGUGAGAGCAAAGACCAUAGCCCUGAAGUUAAUGAACUGAUUGACUAAUAUUUGGCAGUUCACGAGAAUUAUGCCUCAUAAUGUUGCAUUUUAAAUUUCAAAGUGAAUAAAUAAAAUGGUUUUGUUUA